AUGAAUGGUGCGGCACAGACCGCUGCAGCCAACACAGAUCAUCAUCAUUCACCACAGUCACUUGGUAGUGGAGCGAGUGGAGGCGGUGUCGGCUCACUGGGCCAGGUGUCACAGUCAUCGCCCACAUCGACUACGAUGUCACUCAGCGACUCGUCCACCCUGUCCAUCGGCUCAGGCUCGGGUAAUCAUCCUGGCAUCCAGUUCGCCUCACACGGCGCCGCCUCAAACAGCAACUGCGACUCAUCCUCCUCAUCCGGACAUGGUAGUGCGCCCGUCUUCAACGGUGUCUGCUUCCACCCCACCGCGCCCGUCGUCUACGUCUCUGUUCGUAAUGAGAUAUACAUAUACGACUUGUUGACACAGAGUAAUACAGGAAAGAUAUCAGUUGAUCCAAAGGAGGUGAUAAGGAACUUGAUCAUACUCAAUAAUAAUGGUACAGGUUCACUUGUACUAGCUUCGACGAGUAGCAAGAUAUUGGUGGGACUGUGCGAUGCUGGACUCAUCUAUCUCUGGGACACGGACACACACAAACUGUUGACGAUUGUACAUCCACUCAAGCAGCUCGACUCUCGAAUCAUCACCUGUCGCGCCAACUCUGUCAAUCGUGCCAUCAUCUUCUUCUCCAAGACCAACUCAAAAGACAUCGUUGCUGUUGAUUGUCAGAACAAGUCACCUAUACCUUAUAAGUUGAAGGGACAUAAGAGGCCACUGUCAUCGCUGGCUCAUCAUCCGACAAAGUUCAUAUUGGCAUCUGUUAGUGUGGAUGGAUCGUUGAAGAUCUGGGAGACGAGAUCACAGAUGGCCAGCUUGCACCUUGAGGACUUUGUAUCAUAUGAGAACACGCGCAACAUUGAGCACUCGACCAAUUUCUUCCUCAUGUUUGAGGCCACCGCUGGCAAGUACAUGGUCAUGACCGGCUCAUCCGGUCUCACCAUCGUCUAUGGCGACAUCUCCACCUCGUCCACACCAGAGAUAUUGGCCAAUGGCUUCAUCUGUAAAGGACACAAUAUCUUGUCAUUGGUACAUCAUCCUCACUUGCCAGUGUUCUUUGUGCUGUCGGUCAAUCCACAGGGUGUCGAAGAGCUGUCGGCAUGGGAGGUGAACACUCAAUCAAAAUCGGUGGUGCCAUCGAUGAGGAUGUCAUCGUUCUCACCGACAGUGAACAAUGACACGUUGAACUAUCUGUCCAAAUAUGCCAAGCCACUCACACUGCCACGACUGACGCCCACCAACGUCAUCUUCCAUCCAACGCGCAACUACUUCACCUUCCAGUGGGACCUGUUCUACCAUGCCAGUGCCUCGCUCAAUGGCGUGCGUCACAUCAAUCAGUUCAUAUACUCUAUCAACUCGUUCGAGAGCUUGCAGUCGACCUUCCCACUCCUGUCCUCCACCAGCAUGCCCCUUGGCUUCUUCUUCACACCCGAUCACACAUUCAACUACCCUGCCGACCUCACCUACUUUGACGGCACAUUCGUCAAGUCCUACCAGCCACUCAACGGUGUAUCCAAGAAGUUGGUCCCAUCACCCUUGAUCCCAGUUGCUCAGGACGAACAAUGUAAACCAAAGAGCUUCACGUUCAAUCCAGACUUGCAGUUGAUGACAUUGAUAUAUGAUAGCUAUUCGAUGGCGACACAGACAAUGUUGAGCAAAUAUUUGAUAUGCGAUGUGGCCGGAAUGAUUAGUCAACAGGGCGAUGGUAUCGAUGCUGUGAUGCUUGGCACAUCGCCAACACAAAUUCUGAUCCUCGGCCUGGACGGCAAGCUGGCCAAGAUCGCCAGUGCCACAGCCCAAGGCAUCUCCUCGUUCAAAUCUCAUCCUUUGGCACCUCGCGUCACCUCAGUAUACAAGACGCCGCUGAACGACAGUCGCGUCGUCAUGUACUACAGCCAUGACACAUCGGCGAUCUACUUCUCCAAGAACAUUAACCAGGGCGCCGCCGACAACUACAUCGUCGACCAAUCGUCUGCGCUGCAUCUGAAUCGCGCCGAGACGGUGCUCAGAGUCGAGUGGCAGACCGACCCCAAGACAAACACCAGUGUCUGCGCCAUCAUGACCGACCAGCGCAUCAUAAUCACCAACGCCAAGCUCUCGGUGAUCACACAGAUAUCCGUGCCACCCGGCCACCGCGCAGAGAGCCGCUACUUUGGCAGCAUCUACUGGCUGGAAUGGACGCUUCUCUACACAACGCCCACUCAUCUAAUGUACCUGACCAUGCAGCACAAUCUCCCUCCACGUCCAAUCCUCUCGCUCAGUAUCUCACCCAUCUACCUGGCGAGCGUGUUACCCGAUAGAAUGCUGUAUGGAUACGCCGGCGUUACUGUGCCGGGCCGUACCGAGACCACGAUCCACUGCCAGUCGGUGGGCUUGCUCGAGCCACUGGUGGCCGGCCUGCUCGCAUUGCCUGCCUCAUUGUGUCCAGACAAGCGUACGAUUGGACUCUAUCUCCAGAACCUUGUGUCGCACUUUGAUCACACUCGUGCCUCACGCUUCAUACUCGACCGUCUGCGCGAGAGAGGCUUCACCGAUCUGGCCUACUCCCUGGCACACCAGAUGCGCACCUGCCAGAGCAAGUUGUCUCCACUGGAAAAGUUCCGUCUGGCGUGGCAGAGCAAGCAGUACGUCGAUGCCUAUCGUUACCUGGCCGAGGAGAACAAGGCGGCGCGUGGCGCUCAAGCCUCGCAGGACCCAGCAGAACGUCGCCAGCUGUCCAAGCUCAACGAAUAUAUUCGCGACUUUGGCCGUGAGUGUAUGAACGCAGGCUACUACCAGUUGGCUCGCGAAUGCUUUGCCAUCCUGGGCGAGCACAUCUACCUGCUACAAAUCUCCAUUCUGCUCAACGACAGGGACGCUGUGACACAGCUGCGCAAGGACUCUGAGCUGGCUAACGACGCUGUGAUGGUGGCCGCUUGCGACAGGUUCCUCAACAAGAAGACACCUGCUCCCGAUACCUCAAAGGUCAACCCACCAGUCAUCAAGAUCCUGCCAUGGCAGCCGACAGCCGAUAUCAACGUGGGCAUCAAGAUCGGCAACGACUAUCUCUCAACGAUGAACCUCUAUUCAAUCCAGCGCUACUACCCCAUCACAUUGUCAUUCAGCAACACCAUGUCUUCCAAUGGCACUGCGCGUCACAAGCUGAGAGCACCCGACGAGAAGUGGCCGCCAGAGGACUACAAACACUCAGUCGUACUCUCGCCACCCAGGACACUCAUGUCGCUUGUGGCCAACAAACUGUCCACCAAGACACACAUCUCCUCCACACAAACACUGCGCAGAUCUCCAUCAGCCGAGAACAUCACCAAGCAGGCUGCCCAUGGCGGCGCCGCCAGCGAUGCAGAGGACUACGACUCUGAUGAUGAGUCAGGUGCCGAUGUAGACAGCGAUAUUGAGGAUCUUCAGAAGCAGGUGACCAAGAACAUCGAGGACCAGAUGAAGGCGUUGGCCGAGGCCAACAACGAUGCUGACUCUGUCAUCACCGAAGGUGAUGAUGAGUUGUCCGCCUCAUCCAGCACGCCACAUACCAAUCCACUCACUCCACUCUCCUCCACACCAGUCCAAUCAAUGCUAACACAAACACCCUAA